UCCUGGUGACAGCUGCCCAAUAUGGGUCAGCCCGCAGCGCCGAGGCGGGUUGGACACCGGACACCACAUGUGACUCCACCUGAAGGUUAGAGGAAAGUAGCCGGGGGACACCGAGAAGGACCUCUGUGUGUGACCCAGAGAUGCCUUUGGUAUGUCUGCCUGACUUUGAGAUGUAUGCAAAAGAACAUUUACCCAAAGCCAUCUGGGAAUUCUACGCUGCCGGAGCUGAUGAGUGCUGUACCAGAGAUGACAAUCUGAUGGCUUUUAAAAGGAUCCGUCUGCGUCCCCGAAUGCUGAGAGAUGUUUCUAUAACAGACACGAGGACAACCAUCCAGGGCACAGAGAUCAGCUUUCCCAUAGGAAUUGCACCCACUGCUUUCCACUGUUUGGCAUGGCAUGAUGGCGAGAUGAGUACAGCUCGUGCUGCUGAAGCCAUGAAUACUUGCUACAUUGCCAGCACAUAUGCUACCUGCUCAGCGGAGGAGAUUUCAGCAGCAGCUCCAAAUGGAUUUCGUUGGUUUCAACUUUAUGUCUACCCAAACCAUGAACUGUCAGAGCAGUUAGUACAUCGGGUGGAAGCAUGUGGAUACAAGGCCAUUGUCUUAACCGUGGAUGUCCCUUAUACCGGAAAGCGGAGAAAUGACAUCAGGAACAACUUUAAGCUACCACCUCAUCUCAAAGUAAAAAACUUUGAUGGCGUUUUUGAGGAAACUACCGAAGAUAGUCUGUAUGGAAUACCUGCUAAUUCUUUUGAUCCAUCGAUCUCUUGGAAAGAUAUUUCCUGGCUUCGGUCAUUAACUCGCCUGCCUAUAAUUAUCAAGGGUAUUCUGACCAAGGAAGAUGCAGAGCUGGCAGUGGGACAUGGUGUUCAAGGUAUCAUUGUGUCAAACCACGGAGGAAGACAACUUGAUGGAGGGCCAGCUACGAUAGAUGCCUUAUCGGAGAUUGUGAAGACAGUACAAGGAAGAGUUGAGAUUUACCUGGAUGGAGGAAUCCGUACAGGAAGUGAUGUUCUCAAGGCUUUAGCUCUUGGAGCUAGGUGUGUCUUCAUUGGCCGGCCUGUGGUUUGGGGGCUUGCCUACAAGGGCGAAGAGGGUGUCAAAGAGAUUUUGCAGAUACUGAAUGAUGAAUUUCGUUUAUCAAUGGCUUUGUCUGAAUCUCAAGGUUUUGAAAAGUACCAAACACAAGAGGUUCUGCAGAUGCUAGAAAUCCAGAGCAACAAACACAAAGUGUUGGGUGCUACCCUCAGCAGGUCAGGCAGCAUCUCUAUGGAGAGGAAUAAACAGUCAAUGUUUCAGGUUGCAGAAAUAUCUCUGAGAUCAACAGGAACCUCAUCCAGCUCUCCAAGCUUUAGAGCGAUUCCUGGAGUAGUAUCAAAUGGCACCUCUGGAUUGGGACUGCCAGUGCUGGGGGAUCAGACUAGCUAGAAGGACAAGACCAUUUCGGACAAAUGUGAACCAAAUUGGAAACACUGUAGCGAAGAAAAUAAACAAAUCAGAAUAUAUUAAGUUUAAUUUGCAAUGCCAUAACUGUUGAAACAUACCUCUGUGAGAAAUAAUUUUUAUUUUCUUCACAUGUAUAGAUGUUCUUUAUCUGGAACUUCAGAAUUACACUCACGUUAAUGUCAUUUUUCUCUGCAAGUCCCUCUACCACCUUUUCUUUUCAAGUUGCUUCACACUAUCCAUCAUUUCACCAUUAUUUUUCUGUAUCUUUCAGUCUUUACGUCAAUAUUCAUUUCUUCCCCCAUCUCUGUUAAAGUUUUUGGAAGAUUUGAAGGUGCUGUAUAAUUGUGAUUUAUUGAUUUUUCUGGUGCACUUCUGUAUAGAAUAUAGCUGCGCAGAUUAAAUUCUAUUCAAAACCACAAAUCGUAGUGGUGGAACCAGAAAGUUUCUUCUGCAAAUGGAACUUGAUUAUGCUUACUUUUUUGUUCUAUGCCCUGAGUUUGAUUGCAGUAAAGCCAGAGGAGGUGCAUAGUUUCUAAUGUAGGAAACUGAAUGUGAAUGUUCAAAAUUUCACUGCUGGAAUCUACUUUUCAGAUUUCAUGUCAGUCUCUCAGGACAGGUGACUGAGUGAGAUACAGUGGGGCACAGUUGAUGCCUGGAUACCUGUGCUCACUGCAGCCUUACAAAACCUAAUAUACCCAAUUUAGUCUUCCCACUUGUGUGAUAAGCCAGGGAGAUUCUUCAAGGCAAGGUUGUAUUUAGUAAAAGGCUUUCUGCACUGUGAUGGGGUCAGGUUGAGGGAGAAUGAAUGAGGGGCAUUGCAGAGUCCCGAAAUGUUUCCAACAUUCCAAAGCUAUUAAAAUUAUUCACUUUGAAGUAGUAUCAUCAAAUGAAGAAUUUGGAUAUUCAGUGGUUACAAAAAUAUUAGGUUUCCUCUAAUUUGUAAUGACCGGUGUGCACAAGAAUCUUGUGCUGUGCAGUUUUUUGCCCAGUGACAACAACAUGUGCACACAGAAUAAUUUCUUCAAGAAAAACAGUAUAAAUAAGCCAGUUCUAAAAUGCGCAGCCAACUCACAAAACUCAUCGUUGUCAACACCGCCCGCAUCAGAAACCGGAAAAGGAAAUGUGUUUGUUUACGAUCGUAAAAUAUACUUAACAUGCCCGUGAGGUAGAGGGUGAGAACCUUUUGUGCGCAGUUUGAAAUUCUUUGUGCACGCCUACAUGCAUACCCUAGAGGGAAAUUGGCUGCUUGGAUUCAGAACUGGCUUAGACAUAGAUUUCAGAGGGUAGUGGUUGCAGGGACUUAUUCGAGCUGGAGAUCUCUAAUUAGUGGAGUUCCAGAGGGAUCUGUGCUGGGACCACUGCUGUUUGUAAUGCGUGUAAUUGACCUGGGUGACAAUGUAGAUGGAUGGGUUAGUAAAUUUGUGGAUGAACCAAGACUGGUGGAGGUACAUACAGUGUAGAAGACUGGCAAAAAAUACAACACGAUAUAGAUCAGUUGCAGAUAUGGGCUGGGAAAUGGCAGCUGGAGUUUACCCCAGAUAAAAGUGAGGUAUUGCACCUCGGUAGAGCAAAUGCAAGGAGACAGUACACUGUUAAGGGAAAGAUCCUUAAUAGCAUUGCUGAGCAAAGAGAUCUUGGGAUCCAAGUUCAUUACUCCUUGAACGUGGCUACACAGGUUGAUAUUGAUUAAGAAGGCUUUGGAAUGCUUGUUUUUGUUAGUCAAGGCAUUGAGUUCAAAAGUCAGGAGGUUAUGUUGCAACUUUAUAAAGCUCUGGCUAGGCCACAUUUGGAGUAUUGCAUACAGUUCUGGUCACCCCACUAUAGGAAGGAUGUUGAGGCUUUGGAGAGGGUGCAGAAGAGGUUUACCAGGAUGCUGCCUGGUUGAGAAGGCAAGUGCUAUAUUGAGAGAAUGGAUAAACUUGGGUUGUUUUCUCCGGAGCGUCUUCGGCUCCAGAGGUAUAUAAGAUUAUGAGAGACUUAGACUGAGUGGACAAAUUGUAUCAGUUUCCCAGGGUUGAAAUCUCUAAUACCAGGGGGUGUGCAUUGAGGUGAAAGGGGGUAGCUUCAAGGGGGAGGUAAGGGAUACAUUUUUUACUCAGAGUUGUGGAUGCCUGGUAUGGUGGUAGAGGCAAUUACAUUAGAGGCUUUUAAGAGAUGUUUGGAUAGGCACAUAGAUGUAAGGGAUAUAGACGUGGUGUAGGUAGGAGGGAUUAUUGUUUGGGUGUUUUUGAUUUCCUUUUUGGUUGGUUCAGCACAGCACUGUUGCUGUGCUGUACUGUACUGUUUAUGUGCUAUGUCAUCAAAAACUUAGUCAAAGGACAGGUUCUAAAGAGUUUCUUUGAGGAGGUUAGUGAGGGAAUUCCAAAGUUCAGACCCAUGGUAUCCAAGAACAUGGUCACUGGAAAAGUGAAAGGCAAAACUUGUAGAUUGCACAGAAACGUGGGGGUUCAAAAGCAGAGAUGAGAAUUGUAUAACUGAGGCAUUGAAUAAAUGGAAGUCAAUGAACACACACACACACACACACAGAGUGUAGGUGGGAAGGGUGAUAAUUUCACACGGUUACCACAUCCAUUUGUAGUUUCAAACAUCCAGUCAGUUGCUUGGAUGUUUACAAUCUGAGAUACCAUUUCAGCACAUUAAUACCCAUCAAAACAGGGUUUCAUUAGGAUUUUUGUUUGAAACAAAACUCCUCAAACAGCAGUCUGGACAAGUUGUCAAGUUUAUUGUCAUGUGCACAGAUACGGUGAGGUACAGGACAAAGACACACUUGCAGUAGCAUCACAGGCACAGAGAUUUAGACAAUACACAGAACAUAAAUUAUAUAAUAAACAAUGAGAAAAAGACUGCAAAACAAAAGUGAAAAAGAAACCAGUUAUUGUUGUUUAUACAAUUAAAAACUUCCUUCACUUACUAUGUGCCAGCACCAGUUAAAUAACAAAACCUGGAAACAGACAGGCCCAGCCAGAGUUUUUGAAUAUCAACAUUAAAUAUAGCUUGGCUUUAAUAUAUUUCAGAAUAAUGACUUUACUCUGUAAACCUGAUUAGGUUUCUGCUAGUUGUUUUAAGAAAAAGUAUGUAUCAGGUUUUGCUGAGAAUUUCAGUUGCAUUGAUGUCACACACCUCUGCAGCUGGCCAGCUAUGUUCAUCUGAGAGGCGACUUUAGGCAUUUCAUUUAAAAUUUGCUUUUCAUGAAAUUAUAAAAUCACUGAUGUGAAGUGAUUGAGUGAAAGGAAGGAGGAGGGAGAUCUGUAGGUGGUGGGAAAUUGAGUAAAUAUCAUAGAUGAGUAACUUAAGAAGGGAUUUGAGACCUGGGGUAAAGAGUCCAGAUAGGCUGGUUUAGGGAAACAGUUCCAUACUGAUGGAAUAUUACAAUUCAGACUGAGGUCCACAAUGAUAGUGAGUCUAAGUUAUAAUGGAGGAAAGGUUAGGGGCUGGAGUGACAUGGAUGCAGGAUAGAAGAGGUACAUCAAAGAGAAGAGAUGGAGGAAUUUGAACAUAAUUCUCCAUAGUAUCCAAGACAUCUUCAAGGAGUGGUGCCUUCAGAAAGUGGCAUCCAUCAUUAAGGACCCCCACCACCCUGGAGAUGUCCGUUUCACACUGUCACCAUCAGGUAGGAGAUACAGAAGCCUGAAGGCACACACUCAGUGAUUCUGGAACAGCUUCUUCCCCUCUGCCAUACAAUUUCUAAAUGGACAUUGAACCUAUGAACACUACCUCACUACUUUUUUAUUACUGUCAUUUUGCGCUAUUUAUUUUAACUUAGCUAUUUAAUAGACGUAUAUAUUUAUACUCAAUGUAACUCAUUUUUCUCUAUUUAUCACAUUUCAUUGUACAAGUGCUAUAAAGUUAACAAAUUUCACGACAUAUGCUGGUGAUAUUAAAUCUGAUCUGAUUCUGAUAAUCUCAGGGAUUUUAAGGCUCAUUUGUCUAGGGGAGAUAGAGCUGGUAAAUUGAAGGCAGAGGUAAUAAUUGGAGGUUUUUGUGCUGUGCAGCACUUGAUCUGUCAUUUUCAAAACAUUUUCACAUAAAGAAUUGCUCUGCUGUUUGAAACAGAAUUACAGUGGGUUUAUUUCUACCAUUUCUACAUACCUGUGAAAUUAUUUAAUGCCAUCUCCAAAUGAUGAUGACUACAACUAUAGAUGUUGGUCACCUGAAAUGAUGCAUUGGGAAUGAAUCUCCCUUUUUGCUGUAGUUUCCCCCACUUUUAAGUAUCUUAUUAUUGCCCAAAGAAAGACCAGUUGAAUGGCAUUUUUGAGAGGUUUUCUGCAGAAUAGGUACCGUUUCAAAAAGGCAGCAGUGCCACAUGCUGGUCAGAGCCAGUACUGCACAGUCAAAUGUGUAGCAUUGGACUAUUGAAUGGAUUAUAAUGUUCUGAUUUUUUUACUGUUUUGAUAUUCAGACAAUAGAUUCAUGAAAUUUAUAACCCAGUGUGAACAAUGGCACAUUAGGACACACCACACUGGUAGGUUAAAUGUUUACUUCAUCUUAUAUAGGGAAAUAUAACAUGCCAUAAAUGCUAAAGAAUGGCAAUGUCAAAGACAGAGGGGCAACAUUGGCGGUUUUGAUUUGUUCUGGAUAUUUUUAGAAGUGGUGCACCAGAAUUUUGUUGUCUUCUCUUUGAAAAAAUGGAUAAUCACACUGACCGCUAUCUCUCUAUAAUUGGUGAUACAAAGUUCAAAGCAAAUUUGUAAUCCAUGUAUGCAUUGUCACCAUAUCCUACAAGGUGACCAGAACCUUGUCGUGGUUUGGAGACUUGUGUGUCUCAAUGACCUGGGGAACUAUGUUGAGUACAGUCAAGGCCUCUUAUGCUUUGGUUCUAGGUAGGGUCACUCAUGCCGAACAGGUCAAAGGGUAGAGGCCUGACCAAGAGUGGUCCACCGAUCCUCCAGGUCCGGGGGUUCAGCUCAGGGCUAACAACCCCGACUGGUGAAACAAAAUUGUUAUGGAAACACCAAUGAAGAACACUGCUACAUUUGAGUGAGAUGGUAUUCCUGAGUCUUCACCCGGGACUUGCAUGGCUGACAGUAGUGAAAACCAAGAGGAAGCUACUGACAUGACGAUGGAAGCUCUGAACAUUUCCGGGGAGGGAGGGCCUUCAUGUCUGCUUUAAACACCAGCGGCAUAAUGAGCUGUUAUAUGUGUCACCAUGUAUUACCCUGAGAUUCAGUUUCUUACACGCAUUCACAAUAGAAUAAAUGAUGUCAUGAUGGAUUAGAAACAUGGACUAAAGAAUUUUUUCAGUCUUUUUUU